AUGUACAGAUUUACUAUUCCGGCACUACAGGUCAAGAUCCUCGCUCAGAUACUGGGUCAGCAACCACUGCCAACAGAGCUGAAGGAUUUUCAUGCCCAACUGGUGGGUAUCCUAAGCACGCUCACUCCUGCUGACCUCUCUGCACUGCUAGACAAAGUGGCUCCAUCCUCAAUGGCUCCAUUGUCACUCUCUGACAGCCCACCUUCUGUCACCAUGCAUCAAGACCUAACAACAUCAUCCCCAGCCCGCUUUGGUGAAGAGCAAACUCAAGCUGACGAGUCCAAAUUGCAGACCAAUCAAUCUCUGCAACAAUCUCUGGCAGUGAUACGCUCACAAAGACGCCAACCACAUCAACACCUGGGUGGAGUUGCUGUCCAGCAAUCUCUGUGGCAAGCAGUCAAUGACCCUGCUAUUAGGAUCAACUCAGCCGCCAACACUUUCAUAGCACGGCUUGCGGCUGCACAUGAAGACUCCACAAUGUUCAACUCAGGAGAGUGGGCGCACUCUGUCAACUCCCUGUUGACCUCUGUUACGUCCACCAAUGACUACCUAGAUGAGUCUUUGGCUUCUGUUGUGGCGCGCUCUCGUUGCCAAGUCCCAAAGCAAGGUAUCUCCCUGGCAAACCUUUGGAGGGAUCUCCCUCAGCCUAAGCCGUCUAAGAAACAGUUUGAGCAAUGGCAUGCUAUGGGCUGCAAGUUUGCAGCCAUAGCAGCCGGUGGGACAUCAAACUCUUCUGAUGGGCUUACACGAGAUGAAGAAAUCUUAUACAGCCAACUGAUGAAGAAGUUGCAAGCAUCUGGAAAGGAUGCAAAUGCUGACAGGCUAGCAGAUAUUCGUCAGAAAGCAGCUCACAUGGUGGAGGCUGAGGAUGAUGAGGAAGAAGGAGACUUGGAUAGGCCUGACAUUGAUAGUGAAGAUGAACCUCUUCAUAAGAGGGCCAGGAAUAGCAUGGAAGAGGAACUAGAAGAUGAAGAUGAAGAUGCUCUGAUGCAGAUCUUUAGACGCUUGACAGGCAAGUAA